UGUUUAAAAGAUCACAUCCAGUAAAAACAGGAAGUGAUGUUUUUUAGUGCUAUCUGCUUUUGAGAAUUUGCUAUUGCUGUCUCAAUAUACCAACACAAAACCAGCACUAUAUGUAUUUUCUGGCAACUAUUAUUGUUAUUAAUAUUAAAUUAAUUUCAUUAAUUUGAAUACUGACACGUGGGGCCGUUGCUGGUUCCUUUUGCGAAACUACAACCUGUGUUUACUGGUGUCAUGGAGCCAAACAGUGUGCUUACUCUUUGUCCAGAACUGGACAUAGCUGAACCCCACAAGAUGGCAGUAACUUUCAGAAUACCUAAGAGGAAACCAUCUUCUGACUCAAAGUGCACGCACAUGCAGUCUCCUUUGUCACGCCUUUCUAAUUCUGGAUAUGGAGGUGAUAACAGCUUAGAUAAGGCAUGUUGGAGUCAAUCCCCUAAUGAUGCCAGAAGGAAAAAAGACUCGCCACCUUUCAACAGAAGUAACAUUUUCCUCAAUAACCAGGCAGCAAAAGACAAAGCGGCAUGGGCCUGCAGGAAUUCCAAAGUUGCAUUGACGGAUGUCUUGCUGACUGAAAAAGGCCGACAUUAUUUAAGCAAACAGCAAAACACUGAUUGUAGUUCGACACACACUGACCGGUCUGACUCUCAAUCACCCCCACCCUCCUCUUCAUGUGAGAUAUCAGAGCAAAGCAUUGCACCGACUGCAGCUCGUCAAACCUCUCCUUCAAAAAGGGGACGGCCCAGGAGAGCCUCCGAUUCCUUGGUACUUCAGAGGAAUGAGAAUUUGAGAACAAGAUCAGAUUAUUUUCCUCUGAGGAGAUCCAACGUGGAAUCCAAAGAUUCUCCAGCAACAAGCAAGAGAAAGAGUGAGAAAUCCAGUGAAAGUAAAAGGGCAAAUGAGAAAUGCAGUGAGACUUCUCUUGGAUCCAGCGAACUUAAAGAUCCUUCCUCGGAGUGCCACAAGAGGAGAAGAUCAGAAAAUAGCAUUCCGGAUCCCACCAUUAACAUGGAUCAAGACCGGACAGUGACUCCACACAGAGAGAGAAAGUACAGCAUUGUGGCCACAUCACCAAGCAAGAAACAGGAAACUGAAAAGGGGCUUGACGGACAUCGAACCCUGUGCAAGGAAAGUGUUCUGAAGGAGUGUGUACGAGCUAUGGGGAUUGAAAGAAAGAGGCUGUGCUUUGAGCAAGUGGCAGAAUCCCGUCUCCUCAGACAACAGAUUGAAGAGCAACCAACCCUGCAAGAAGCAAACGCUCACAGGAAGCAUACUCCCACAGGCAGCCCACAGAGUGAUGGAGAAAGAACAAUGUGUAAAGAGAAAUCUUUCAGCCUCAGGGCACAGUGUUAUAGAAUUAAGCCCAAGAAGCCCUCACCUUGUUCGAGUGAGCCUAUUGUACUCUCCAGCGAUGAAGAGGAAGGAAAUGCCUGCCCCACCAGCUCUUCCUCCCUGACUCCCACCAUCAAGUGCCUGCGGCUACAUGCCAAAAAGACCACCAACAGCAGAGAUUUGGGCACAGCCAGCGAGCCCUCUGGCAGCGAGUCACAGACUGGGAACACAAACAAGAGCAGCGAGGGUCAGAUGACACAUGUGAGGACAACCAAGGGUUUAAAGACUCCAGAUCCUGGCAGGAGAGAGAGCACAAAAGAGAGGGAUUCCUUGUUAGAAUUGAACUUCACUGCUGUACAUAUGGGAAAAAUAAAAGGGGUGGCGCACGGCUGCAUUCAAUUUAUGGCUGACAGUAUUAUAAUACCUCUGAAAGAUCCCAAAGAAGAGUGUCUCUCGUUGUCAGUGGAGACAUCCCAGUUACAGAAAUAUGGAAUAUGGAAUCAAAGCUCUGGGGAAGACCCAAGUGAAACUCACACAGUCAUCUUCCUGUGGGUCUCCGGGGCUCAGGCACAGCUGAUUCAAAAGGAGUUAUCAGCAAUCCACCCAGUGGAACAGCCCUCUAAAUACAGUGAGUUUCUCUUUGUUGAACUGUGCUCACCCCCUGACGAGCCGCAGCAGCAGUUGCUGAAGGAGCUGAUGUGUGAGACAGGCAGGAGAAGUGAGAUCCCCAGCCUGUGUGCCGCGGUGCCCUGGGAGGAGGGCCACGCUCUGCUCCAGGGUGUCUCCAGUGACUGCCCCUUCAUCUCCUCCUGGUGCCUGAGCCAGGUGCAGGACCUGGAACAGGAGGAGAGUGCCCUGACCCUGACCCCGCCCUCCACAGGCUCUCCACAGAAGGAAUGGACUCAGCCUGAACCCAGCUACACUCUCUGUCACCGGAGAACGAAAGAUACCUACUCUGUUUCAAUUGGUUUGAGACCAAGCAAGCAUUGGAAGGAACACAAGUACACAGGACCAUUGACAAAACUAAUUGUGUUCCCUCCCCCUCCUACCAAAGGAGGGAUUGCAGUCACCACUGAGGAUGUGGAGUGCCUUGACAAUGGACAGUUUCUCAAUGAUGUCAUCAUUGAUUUCUAUCUGAAGUAUUUAAUGAUUGAAAAAGUGCCAAAUAAUGUUGCUGAGCGCACACACAUCUUCAGCAGCUUCUUCUACAGGCAGCUGACCAGGAAAGACACCCCAAAAGAGGGGGCGGCAAACAUCUCAGCUCAGCACAGGAGACACCAAAGAGUGAAAACCUGGACUCGGCAUAUAGAUAUCUUUGACAAGGAUUUCAUCUUUGUACCAGUCAAUCAGGAGGCACAUUGGUACCUGGUUGUCAUUUGUUUUCCUGGGAUGGAGGAAUCAAAGUAUGAGGACAGAAACAACCAGUGCCCCAGGAAGAAUGGAGAGAGAAGCAGCUCAGAGGAAGAGGAGGGUACGGCUGCUAGAGGAAAAGCAUUAAAUGGAUUAAUGAAGGGGAGAUGUGAAAAAAGUAGCAGCAGUAACCAAGAGAAAGCAGGUAGUACAGAAUUUCCCAAAGCUGCAUCAAGCAUGAAUAAAUUACAGGAUUUACCGGAAUGUACAGAAAAAUACUGUCGAAGAGCAAAGGUUUAUAAAAGGCCCUGUAUUCUCAUAAUGGAUUCUCUGAAAGUUUCAUCACAUGAGCGCACAGUCAAACAAUUAAGAGAGUACCUGCAGGUGGAAUGGGAUGUCAAGAUGGGGACGCCCAGGAGUUUCACAUCGGACCAGAUGAGAGGAUCAAACUGCAGAGUACCGUUGCAGGACAACAGCAGUGACUGUGGGAUCUAUCUACUGCAGUACGUGGAAAGCUUCCUGCAGAAUCCUGUAGUCCACUUUGAAUUUCCAGUUCAGCUAGAAAGGUGGUUUCCCCGACAGGAGGUAAAGAGAAAACGGGACAGGAUUAGAGACUUGAUUCUGCAGCUGUACAGACAACAGAAGAGCAGCAGCUGAUGAACAUGGUGGCUGAACCUUUCGCAGACACUGCACAAGAUUACCAGAAAGCUACUUAUCAGAUUUCAUUUUGUGCACUGAAAUGUGUAUGUAGUGACCUACAUUUUAAAAAUGUUUUUGUUUUAAAUGUAGACCUUUUUAUUAAUGGUUAUUAUUAAAAAAAUAGAAAAAAGACUUGUACAUAUAAGUAUAAAUAUUACAAAUAAAUAUUUAGGCAAUAUA